AUGGAUGAUAUCGACCUACACCUUACCUUCUUGGAUUAUGCUUUUCAUCUUGCUAUAUCUUCUGGAAUUCAUUUUCUUAGAUUGUCUGAAAUAAGUAAUAAGUUCUUGUUGAAGUCGCCGCCGUGGUCUUCAGGCAAAACAUCAGAAGGAACUGUUCAGCCUAAAACUGACUGGACUGAUUGGUCAUAUGUGAGAAACGAAGAGAUUCCAGUAUCAAAAAUCCUGAGUUGCGGUUACCUCUACUUGAGGCAGCCUCUAGGUCCAUGGAUCGAAACCAACUCUCCUUCUCAACGGAAGUUAGUGCGAAAAUUGGAAUUAUAUUUGCGGCAUAGUUCUAUUGAAAGGAUAGAAAACUCAAUAUGGAAGCUUGUAGAACUCACUCACCUUUACAUAUAUUACGGUGAUGACCUCAAAUGCCUUCCUCGCUCUCUCACAAGGCUCCAUAAAUUGGAAUUCCUGGAAAUUGAUUCUUGUAUUUCUCUCAACGAAUUACCGCCUAAUUUGGGCGAAUUGAAGAGCCUUAAGCAUCUCUCCCUCGCUCGUUGCUCGGCUAUUGAGUACCUACCUUCUAGCAUUACCGAGCUACCCAAGUUGAUGGUUUUAAAUCUGGAAGAUUGUAGGAGUUUAUUGGAAUUGCCAGAAAAUUUAGGUGACCUGGUCCAACUCUUGCAUCUACAUAUUAGUAAUUGUUGCGAAAUCAAGUCUCUUCCUUGUAGCACAACCAAGCUUUGCAAUCUGGAAACCUUAGUCCUCCCUUCGGGUUUCGGAGUCGAAACACUAUAUCCGUUUAAAAUGAACAAAUGUGUUAUCAUUACUGUUGAGGGCUCCAGCAUUUCUUAUAGAAUCUGGGAUGAACUUAGAAAGGAGAUUGCACCGAAAAUGAUCAACGGAACUUUGGAUUUACCUUAUCAUCAAGUCAAAGUUGACAAAACGAGUGAACUUCGAAAGGAGCUUGAGCGGAAGGUAGUCGGUGAAGCAGCUUCAAUAGAAGAACCUAGACGGGGGAUCGUCAACCAGCAGACAUCGCCUUUGAACCUACCUGAUACUGGAGGGUCCUUUGGAUACACUGGCAUCGGCAAAUGUCUGCUAAAUUGUAGUUCUUUCUUGCAAACAGAUUCUCAUGACAAUGACAAUUCAGAAAAUCAGCAUACUUCAGGAUAUGAACCUGUGUUGCCAUCUUCUGCUGGCGGCAUAACCACAAAAUUAGAUUGUUUCAUACGUGAGACAGAGAUUGUUGAUGAGAACACCCAGCAUCCUACACAAAAUGGACAUAUAGAAAAUGAACAGAAUCAGAAGACUCCUCAUAGUGAUGAUGAAAAAAACAGCAGACAAACAGAAGAAAUAGCUCCAGAGGCUAUUCAAUCUCUAAUGAAACUGGUAGAUACUGCAACCGAGCUUGCCGCUACAAGGACUUCCAACGAAACGCAAAUUGGAAGAGUUUGGAAUGAAAUGGCCAUCGAACAGCAAGGGUGGAAGGUGGCGUAAAACCAAGAAGAGGACACGCAAUAUGGAAUCACCGUCAAGAAGGUAUUUAGACAGUUC